AUGCCUGCUUCUCCUGGCAAGAAGUCGCAAUGGAGCGAAUAUACCAACUCGGAAGGAAGGAAAUAUUGGUCUCACGCUACCACCAAGCAGAGCGUGUGGGAGAAACCUGAUGAGCUGAAAACCCCAUUUGAGAAAGCACUGGCCAAGACUCAAUGGAAACAAUAUACCUCGAAAGAUCGACCAUACUAUGUUAACACGGUGACCAAAGAGACAAAAUGGGAUUUACCACCCGAGUUGAAAGAGCUUAAAGCGAAGAUUGAUAGAGAGGAAGAAAGGAGGGCUCAGGGCUUGACAAGCCCCGAAAGAUCCAGAUCACCUACACCAGAAGAUAUCCGAGAACUCAGAGAAGCAGCCGCCAAUGCCAUCGCGCCAUACGGUAGUCUUCCACCUUCAUCGACCGAAUCACCCUCGUCAAGAAGAGGAUCAGAAACUCCGCAAGUCCAACAACAAUCACAACAAACCAAUGUGCCUGCAUUACCAGUCAUCGUCAUGCCUCCUGGAGGGUUCGCCGACAGAGCUAAAGCGGAAGAAGCGUUCAUCUACCUGCUCAAAAGGGAGGGUAUAAACGAACAGUGGACAUGGGAUCAGACUAUGAGGAAGAUCAUCAUGGACCCGCUGUAUAAGGCUCUAGAUACGCUGGCUGAGAAGAAAGGUGCUUUUGAGAAGCACAUCAAUACUAUCCUUGAUUCCCGACGUCAAGCCAAACAACUUCGAAUAUCCAAACUUCGACCAAUCUUCCAUAAAUUGUUCGCUUCCAGUCCCGAAAUAAAGAGUUACUCAACUAUGAAGACUGCGGAAAAGAUAUUCAAUAGUAAUCGAUAUUGGCGUGAGGCUCAGUAUGAUGAGAGGGCGAUGAUUUUGGAGGAAUAUGUUGAUGAUCUAAGGAGCAUCGAAGAGACCGCCGAAAGGGAAUCUCGAGAUCGUAAUAUCCAUAUCCUCUCAGACCUCAUUCGCACUCUUGACAUAUCCGUCUCCAGUCGAUGGAGAGAAGCCCAUGACCUUAUCGUCUCUUCAGAGGAGUUCAAGGCGGAUAGAGAACUUCAGAAAAUUGAAACUAUCGAUAUGAUACAAGUGUACGAUACCUACGCUCGACAACUUGAGAUUGAACAUGAGGAGGAAAGUAAGAAAUUGAAAAUUGAGAAUGUCCGAAAGGCUAGAAAAGCUAGAGAAAAUUUUAAAGUCCUCUUACACCAAUUACAAGAACGUGGUGAUUUGGAUAGAACAAGCAAAUUCAAGGAUGUUUAUAAGAGGAUCAAAGAUGAUGAGCGAUAUUUGACUUUGUUAGGAUUACAGGGAUCCAACCCGUUAGAUUUAUUUAUGGAUCAUAUAGAUGAUUUGAAUGAAGAAUUCGAAACCGCUUCGCAGAAGUUGGUAAGAGCUUUGAACAAGGAUGGUAAAGAGAUCAAACUGGAGACCACGUUUGAAGAAUUGGAUGAAUGGGUUAGGGAAUUGAAGAUUGAAAAUCAAUUUGAUGAGAAAUUGAGAAAGGAUAUUUAUGAUUUGAUACACGGUAAACUCAAACAAUCUGCCGAAGACGAGCUCCGUCGAGCGGAGAGAAGACGAAGACAUCGUAUCGACGAUUUACGAUAUGCGUUGAAGAAAGUAGGUAGACAUAUCGACCUGGAGAUGACAUAUGAAGAGGCAUUACCUCAUAUGAAGGAUUUACCUGAAUUCAAGGAAGUGGUUGACGAGGAAGAUCGUAAAGUUGCUUUUGAAAAAUUCAUCAAGAGACAAAAGGAAAAACUCAAAGAAGCCGAAUCAUCCGAAGUUGGAUCUACCCGAGAACGUGAACGCGAUAGAGACAGGUAUGAGAGAGAUCGAAAGUAUUCUUACUCUAAUUCCAAGGAUAAAGAUCGAGAUGAACCCAUGGAUAUCGAUGAGAAAGAUAGAGAAAAAGAUAGAUCUUCGAGAAAAGAUCGAGAGAGGGAUAGGGAUAGAGAAGAUAGAGAUAGAAAAGAUCAACAUCGAGAUAGGGAAAGAGAUAGGAAGAGAGGAUCGAUUGGUCCUGAUGAUAUCAAAGAUAAAGAUAAAGAGAGGGAAAGUAAGCGACGAAGAAUGUCGUCUUCAUCUCAUACUCACUCCAGAAAAGACAAAGAUGAUGUAGAAGAAGGUGAAAUCUAG